GGUUACUCCGGGCGGGCCGUUCAAACCUAAGGAGGUAAAGGCAGCGGCCCCACGCGAAGCUGGCGUUGGGGUUGCCAUAGCCCACAUCCCAGGGGGCGAGGCCGAGGCUCCUCCCCGGCGCAUCCAGCGGCUGCUGCCCGGCUCCUCUCCCACCUGUCCGUUUCGGCGCCUCGCCCGGCCCCGCGGCCUCCAGGCGGGCGGCGGGGGGACCCCAGGCGAGUGCCCGUUAGCGGGUCUCCCGGCGGCCCGGCCCCGCGUCGCCCUGUGUCUUCCAGGUGCUGGGCGUAGGGAGGCGCGCGGCAGCCCUCACUCCUCCGUUCCCGGUGACGCCAGCCCAUCCCCUGCUGCCCUUGGCUUUCUGGGCCUAGCGGAUAUUUUGACGCUCUGGUGAGACCGUUACCCACCCACCCGCCAUAGCUCCUCGGGGGAGUCAGUGCCAGGCUGCAGCACACACUGCCUUUUCAGGAACCCGAAUUUGGGGAGUUUACUCAUGUCUAAGUCCAGCUGGAGAAAACAAGGAUAUUAAGAUAACUAUUUUCUGGAGGGCUGAAGGAAAUUCAAAAUGAUUUAGACCUUCUCAAGUGUUAGGAAUAAUCCCUGCGGCAUGCACCCUGUGUACCCUUCGACUUUGAGCAAUCAUGAUGCUGCUGCACCUUUCAAUUAAUUGUGCAAACUAAAGUUUUCCUCUUUAAGUGGCAUUAUUUUGGCAUGAAUUUUAAAGACAAAGAUGAGAGAAUUUCUUGUUUGGAAGCCUACGUAACUUUGACAUCUAAGAGCUCAAGAUUUACUGAUGAAACAGAGAUUUUGAAGAUGUCACAAAGGCACUCAGGUCAAGCUGGCACUGAAGCAGGAAAUGGGGCGGACUCUCCUCCAAUUGUCAACUCCAAGUACUCCACCUUCAGAGAUUUUUGUUCCACAUCUUCAUUUCAAGAUAGUGGCUACAAUGAGUUAAAAUCUUGUAGCUUUGAUAAUAUAGAUAAAGAAUAUCUUGGAAAGAAAGAAAAAGGCCCACCAUUACUCUAUGAGCACCCUGAAACUUCAGGCCUGGGCUUAAAACAUCCUUUAGAGUCUCCCACUCAAAAAAAGAAAUGUAUCUUGCCUAGGAAGGAAAAGGAUAAAACCCCAGAACUUUGUGAAACACCUAAAAUCAGUGGGAAAAAAUGUUUACCUCGCAGAAGGUUGAAUGUAUCUUUCGCUCUUCUAAAGGGGGACUUUGAAUCACAAAAUAGUUCUUUAGAAAGUAGUAUAAGCCAAGUUAUCAACUUAGAAAAAAAUAUUCCAAGCAGUGCCUCAGGUUUUUCCAGGGCAAAUAAUUUUAGCCCUUUAGUUACUAGCACUUUAAAAACAGAAGAAGUGACUUCAUGCAGUCAAAAAUUGAGGCUUAAUUUUUCUCAGCAAAAGACUUCCACAAUUGAUGAUUCCAAAGAUGACUGUAGCCUAUUUGAAGUUGAAUGUAUAUCUCCAAUUCAGGGCAAUAAUUUUAAAGACUCUAUCACACAUGACUUUAGUGAUAGCAGUUUAUGCAUUAAUGAUGAGAAUGCAUGUCCAGAGCUCCUGGGCUCCUCUGUUAGUGGGACAACUUGUGGAACAGAUGAGGACAUAUUUGUGACUCCGAUAAGUAAUCUUGUGGCAAACAUUAGAUUUAACGCAAGUCAAAUACUUUCUCCUUCACCUGAAGUGAGAGGCAAUAUUUCAACGCCUGAAGACAGUGGUUUUAACUCACUUAGCUUGGAGAAAUCAGAAGAUUCCCUCUCUGACCAGGAGGGUUCUUUUCAAGAACUACUGCAGAAACAUAAGGGGACUCCCAAAGUUGGGGACACCAUAAGAAAGACAAGACAUCUUGGAAGGUCGAGAAGACUGUCCACCCUUCGGGAGCAAAGCUCGCAGUCAGAGACAGAAGAGGAAAAGCAGAUUGUCCACCCUGACUCUGAAAAAAGAGCAGCAGCUGCUUCUGCCAUCUCAGAGGGUCAGCUGAGUAGUGAUGAGAGUGGGGAUUUGACCUUUAGCUUAAAGAAUUUAUCAAAGACCCCAGCCUUGCAAUUGGUACAUGAGCUGUUCAUGAAAAGCAAGAGGAAAAGAUUCCAGGAAAAUAGUGGACAUGAAUUCUUAGAGCAAGGGGAUGGGGAGAAAAUAGCUGUACUGCAGUGUAUACUUGCAGGACUGAUUGGCAAGAAAAUGGGUAUAGAAAAACUGGACAUCUUAACAGAAUUAAAAUAUAGAAAUUUAAAGCAUAUUCUUGCUAUGGUUUUAGAUUCCUUGACUGCAGAGAGCCUAUGCAGGACUAUCAGAAGACAAGACCCAUGGGAAUGCCAUGGCAAUGAAGGAGAGAAGUCAUGUGGAACAGGAUUUCUGCAAGAUGAUGGUUAUGGAGGAACAUGCGGGAAGUUAGUGAGCCUCUUUCUUGAUAGUGUUUGGAAAGUAAGCAGAAAUUGGCGUGAAAUUGUUGUUCAAGAUAAAAAUGCAAAUCGGAGGAGGAAGUUUUAUAUCACACAACUGAAAACAGAUUCUGAGGGGGCUGUAUUAAAUGUCGAGGAUGCUGCCACUCGGCUCCAGCUUUUAAAUCGCUCAGCUUUAAGAUCUGUGCAGGCACAGGCUAGGAUACCUGGUUCUCAGAGAGAGCAAGGGUCAACAUUAUCUCCCUGGGGAGAAGUUUUGACACCUCUAGCAAGCUCUUCUGUUACUCACUUAAGUAGUAAACAGGAAGAAUAUGUUAAGGUUGCCAAAACACUUUUUACUGAUGAAGCAUUAAAACCUUGCCCAAGGUGCCAGUCCCCUGCUAAGUACCAGCCAUAUAAGAAAAGGGGACUGUGUAGCCGAACAGCCUGUGGUUUUGACUUUUGUGUGUUAUGUCUGUGUGCUUAUCAUGGGUCUGAAGAAUGUAGUAGAGGAGCAGCAAAGCCAAGAAAUAGAAAAGAUGCUCUCCCAGGAAGUGCCCAGAGUAAGCGGAAUUUAAAACGCCUCUGAAGAGACUAAAUAUAGAACUCCCCCAUGCAGUGUUCUAUUUAUCUGACUUAAAAUUAUGAAUAUUUUGAAUACAUGCAAAUCUUCCCAUUAAUGACAGGUGAUGAUUAAUUUCCUAUUUUGUAUAUAUUAUAAUCCAUGUCAUUGUAUGUUUUCUUUAAAGUUGUUUUGAAAAAAUUUUACUGUGUCAUUUUACCCAUUUUAAUAACUUGGUAUUUUAAAUAAAGAAUUUUCAUUGUUGUUA